AUGGAGCAAGGACCCAUCCUUCAGCAGCAUCAUCAGCUACCUCUCCACGACUAUUCGCUCUCCUCCGGCCACGACUACAACGACCAGUUCUCGCCGCAUACGCAUCACAGUUCAUCCUACACGUCGGGCUCUGCCGCUGACCACCGCCGGGAUGCGACGACCCAACUCCAGGCACCCGCUGCUUACAGUUUCACACCCAGUAACGGUACGCCUUCGGCCCGUUUCGUGUCCGAUCGCAUUGUAGCAUCGGAGAACAGCAGCUACCACACGAACAAUUUCACCGACUCCAGCUCCGGCUCCAUCUCAAGCCCGUCCUCGGCGGCAUCGUCGCUGGCUUACACCACCUACCAGCAGCAGAAUCCUUGCACAAACAUCUCCACCUAUACCAAUCCUGUGCCACUUCACCAAUCGUACACCGGCACAUAUGCCAGUACACGAGUUCCAUCCAUUGCGGACAGUCUCGGACCGGGCAUGCUGCCACCUCCCAACCCCAUUCGAUCACCGAUAACAAGCUCAUCGCAUACACUCGACCGAGACUCGUACCCGCACUCCUCCCCCUUCCUCGCUCGACCUCUGCAGUCACCGGGCAGUCAAUCCGGUUACGGAUCCUACACCGACACACCACGAAGCAGCCUCACCUUUGGUAGCUUGCCACUGUCCAACACCUUACCCCACUCGUACCCCAACCCUCACGCGCACAUGGCGUCGCCACCAGGCUACAGCAGCCAUCACAGCAGCAAUGAGUGCAUCAACUUCCCAUGGCCGACGCUGGAGAUCCAGGCCGAGAUUCAAUGUGAUGGCGCAUCUGUCACACCCGAGGUUCACGCCAAGGUUGAGAAAGGCUUCUUUCCGUCCACCGUCGAUCAGAAGUGGACGUGCUAUCGACGCAACUACUUCUCCGUACAGUGUAGCUUUGAGCUGCAUCCCAACAUCAAUGGUGGCCGCAUGUUCCUGAAGCGAUCAAACAGUACCAACACUGAGCCUAUUCAAGCUAUGGGCAUGCGUCUUUCCGCGGCGGUUGAUGGUCAGCAUGGGAAGAACAUCGAGCUCGUCCAGCAUACACCGAAGCGUGACAAUGGUCCGAAGACCAAGAUUGACAUCAUCAAGGUUUCACCGAUGCCUACAUCGGGUCGCAACGAGCACACCGUCUCACCGCAUGGCGUCUACCAGGUACCAAUGUCGACCUUUCACGCCACUGGUCAGGUUCCAGGACCUUACCUUCCCCUGCAGAACGUCGCCGACCCCAACGCUUCACCAUCCUCCACCACUCCGACAAUGUCCUCGCAAUUCGCAUACGCCGCAUCGACGCAAUCACCUCAGCCAGGUCAGACCUGUUCCCACACCUUCGAGCGUGUUCAGUUCAAGCAAGCAACCGCCAACAACGGCAAGCGACGUGCUUCACAACAGUACUUCCACCUCAUCGUCGAACUGUUCGCCGACGUCUGCAAAGAGAACAGCGAUACUCCGAACUGGGUCAAGGUCGCUCAUCGAGUGAGUGAGAAGAUUGUGGUUCGUGGUCGGUCUCCCAGUCAUUACCAGAAUGAAGGUCAACAUCAAAAUGGUCGCACUGGUAGCUCGGGUGGAAGCAGUGGAUACAGCACGACUGCAGGAGCCAGCUAUGGUAGUCUCACAGCUGGUGGGUUCAGGACGGGAUCGACUGGAUAUGGCGGCAGUCUCGGCGGUGGAUCAUAUCGCACCAACAACGCAUACGCCUUCCAUCCAUCGCCGGAGAACUCUGGCAGCAGCUCGUCUAGUGUUGACGGAGGUGCCAACGACGCCGACUACCCGCCUGAUACUGUGAUGACCGAGUCCGAGCGGAAUGAGGUUCAAAGUCAAGAAGGCUACCGCUACUACCCUGGCUCGAUCUAUGAGGGUAACCCACCUCAUCAUGCAAGCUUGCCAAUUCCGAAGCUCGAGUCCAGCGCGAGGUUCAACCUCUCGUCCGAGCCUUCACAGUGGGCGGUCAAGGCCGAGUACAGCGACUCGACGUCGCAAGCACCGUCGUGGCCGACAACGCUCAGCCGCUUUCAAGGCGUCGACUCCAGUCGUGGGUACUUUCCGGACUUGGCUGCCAACAACUACUCGUAGUGGUUGAUGACUUUGGACGAUGCUACGAUAUCAGAGCAACCUCUCUUUUGUUCGCAUGUGCUGCGUUUGGUCACCACGCUUCAAGAUACCCUACACAGCUCUCACACCCUGCGGCACAGGUGCCGGACGCCUGACGCAUGAUCCAAGAGC